AUGAAACAACUACAAAAAUAUCGUAUUCAAAUUGCUGCAUUGAGUGAAACAUGCAUGUACGAUUCUGGACUUAAAAUAAUAAAUGACUUCACAUGGAUUUUCUCCGGAUUACCAUCAGCAAAUAAAACUAGAAAUGCUCAUGGAGUAGCUAUCUGUUUGGACAAAACGGCUGCUAAGGUAUGGAAAGAGUCUGGUUCGGAGUGGGAAGCAGUAAGUGAGAGGAUUGUAAAAAUUAAACUGAAAUGUUUAUUUGUAAAUUUGACUAUUAUUUCUAUUUAUUCUCCUGUAAAUCCAACUAACAACCAAAUGAAUGAUGAUAGCCAAAAAUUUUAUAAUGAUUUACAAGAUGUUAUUAAUCGAAUUCCAACUGAAGAUAUGUAUAUUAUCAUGGGUGAUUUUAACGCAAGAGUGGGAUGGAAUAAUCAACAACAGCAGAAUUUGUCGAAUAGUAUCGGUCCUUAUACAGUUGAUAUUACAAAUGAAAAUGGAGAAAAGCUGAUUGAUCUAAGUACAAUUAAUAAUCUUAUAAUUACGAACACAUUCUUUAAACACAAAUUAGUACAUCAGACGUCCUGGAUGCAUCCGGGAAAUAAGCAGUGGCAUAUGAUUGACUAUAUAUUAGUAAAUAAGAAAUUUAGAUCGAGUAUCGAAGACUGCCGUAUGUAUAGAAAAGCUGCUGGUGCAAUUGGAACAGAUCAUCAUUUAAUGCGAAUCAAAAUUAAACUACACUUUAGAAGUAGAAGGAAAUUGUUUCAGAAGAAAGUAGUUUAUGAUCCAAUAAAAAUGAAAAAUGAUAAUGCAUUAAAACAAUUUCAAAAAGAUCUCAUUCCAACACUUUCCGAUGCAACAGAUAAAACAAUUAGUAUUGAUGAAAAAUAUGACCGAUUUGUUGAACA